AUGAAGCGACGUCUGAGCGAGAUGAUGGACGUAAAAUCCGAGCCAAAUAGUGACAUGGAGCAGACGAUGGUGAUGCUAGUAGCACAAAAGGUUGCGAUGGAGCUACUGGCAUCAUUAAACGGUGACAGUUCGACGCGGUUCGGCCGCGUUGCUUUUGCAGAUCAGGAGAAGCAAAACGUGAACGCGUUUCUACACCAGAAACUGGGCAAGGACAGUCUGGCCCGUCGACCAGGGCCUGGGGGACGGAAACUCACGUACAUUGAGAGCUGCAAGGCCAUUGAAUUGGCCAACCGCGCAUUCGGGUUCAAUGGCUGGUCGUGUCAUAUUGUCGAGUGCAAAGAAGAAUUUAAGGAAAAGAAAGGUGAUCGUUGGAGUAUCGCAUAUAGCUCCUUAGUGCGCAUCGAGUUGAAGGAUGGCACGAGUCAUGAAGACGUGGGAUUUGGCUCCUCGGACGGUCAAAGAGAUUUGGGGGCAGCAUUGGAGCAAGCUAAGAAGACCAGUAUCUCAGAUGCAAGGAAGAGAGCAUUGAGGCUCUUUGGAGAAUAUCUGGGUAACUCAUGCUAUGACAGGGAACAUAUCAAGGACGUGAACUCGAACAAAACGAUGGCACCCUUGGCAGCUGCGCCGAACGUGAUAUUACCAGGACAACAGAUGCAAGGUGGAGUUCCGCGUCAGCCAGUGGUAGAUGGACAAUCUACAGCACAAAAUAGGCCAGUACUAAACCCACAACAGAAUCAGCAGCUGCGGCCCCAGCAGCCACUUCCACAGCAUCCACAAGUUCAGCAGCCGCCAAGACAGCAAAUACCGCCUUUGCAAUCUGCGCAGCAGCAUCAACAACAUCAACAAAUGCAACAGCAGCAGUGGAAACCACCGCAAGUCAUGCGUAAUCAAUUGACUGCAAAGGAGAAUGCAUCCGUGCAGCAACCAGCUCCGGUUAUUUCAAGGCCAACCACCACAAUCCAGACUACUGCAACGAACAAUUUGAGUGCUAUACAUCACCCCUCUACUUCAACCGCCGCAUUGAGUUCUUCUACAAGCGCGUUCCGUCCUCAACCGCAGCGAAAAGUCUCGUCAAACGCCCCGCCCCCACCACGUAUGAUGGCAUCGAAUUACCAGUCAACAAUCGUGAAGUCCGAGCAACCUCCAACCGGCCAAGCUUAUUCGAACGCCCAAUACGACAUGGAAGACCUCAGCCUUUCACAAUUCGAUUACGAUCCUAACGCAGGAAACAGCAACGUUGCCAAGAAAAUGCGAUCGUAA